UCUGCCGGUGUCCGUCCUCUAAGCGUCACAGCACCCUUUUAUAAGCACUCUGGAGCUGUGAUCAUCACACAGACAACCGCUUCGGAUACUUUACUUUAACAAACGCGUGAAAAUUCCUCAUUAAGAAAACAGACAUGAUGGCAACGGAGGAGCUAGAAAUGAACGGAGGCGCAGAGACUGAGGUUCUGCCAAACCGCACAAGGAGGCAUCAAAAGCCUCUGAACAUGAACCAGUAUGCCAAUAAGAAGAGUGCAGCAGAGAGCAUGCUGGAUGUGGCUCUGCUGAUGGCAAACGCCUCACAGCUGAAGGCUGUGAUGGAACAUGGACCAGCUUCCCCCUUCUACACACUGCUUAUCACGCUCAUUGCCGUCUCCCUCAUCCUGCAAGUGCUCGUUGGUGUUAUGCUCAUCUUCAUAGUCAAGUGGGACUUGAACAAUGAAAAGAUGCACUACAGGCUCAACAUAAUGGAAAAUGCUGCUACAGGCUUCAUCUUCAUCAUAGUUGUGGUCAACAUCUUCAUCACUGCAUUUGGUGUCCAACAGCCAAAAUCAAGUUCUUGAUCACCUGUGAUCAUGAUUGUCCAGACCCCUGAUCAACUGAGUAAUAGUGGACCUUAUGCUAUAUGAAUAAUUUAUUAAUCAAAUGAAAAUGUCUUGAAAAGCAAGAAGGUGCAU